GCUCUUCUUCUUUUACCACGUUCAUUCCAUAUCUCACAGCUCCAUUAUGACAGUAGCCAAAGCGACCGAAUCCACCACCAAACCAUCCUCGCCAAGGAAGCGUGCCAUCAGCAGCACUCCAGUCAAAGUCCCGGUUCUAAAGAAAUCAAAGUCCUCUGGCAGCGUCCUUGAUCUGGCGAUGGCUGAUAUUCCCGCGACUCCGGGGGAGGUUUUUGUAUUUGGAACUGGCGAUUGCGCUCAGCUCGGCCUGGGUGAGGAUAUCCUCUCGAGAAAGAAGCCUGCCCAUUUGGCAGUGUUAAGCAAACAUCAUAUUGUGGACAUUGCAGCAGGCGGUAUGCACAACAUGGCACUCAGUCGAGAUGGAAAGCUGUGGUCCUGGGGCGUGAACGAUCAACGCGCACUCGGAAGAUCUGGUGAUGAAUACACUCCCUUGCCCGUUGAGGGUCUCGACGAUGUCAAGAUUGUCAAGGUUGCCUGCUCGGACUCACUCACCGUUGCCCUGACAGAGGAGGGCCGUGUCUACACCUGGGGCACAUUCAGAAGCGCCGAGGGCAUCUUAGGUCACUCAAAAGAGAAUGAGGUCCAGAAUCUGCCAACUAUCGUCGAAGGACUACCUUCUAUUGUCGACAUCGCUACCGGCACGGACCAUGUCCUGGCUUUGACGUCGGCUGGCAGAAUCUACAGCUGGGGCAACGGUCAACAGAUGCAGCUCGGACGCAGGAUUAUGGCUCGUCGCAUGUUGAAUGGCCUUACGCCCGAGUCGAUCGGCACCAAGGCAGCCAUCAAGGUCGGAGCAGGAUCAUAUCACUCGUUCGCAAUCGACAAGCAAGCCAAGGCUUACGCCUGGGGGCUGAACACAUACGGCCAGUGCGGCGAUGAGGAUUCUAAGAAAGACAACGUCCCUACGAUUGCACCAAUCAAGGCUCUGAAGGACAAAACCUUUGCAGAUAUUCAGGGUGGUGAGCACCAUACCAUCGCCCUGACUGAGGAGGGGGAGCUGUACGGAUUCGGACGGUCUGACAGCCAUCAACUCGGACUCGGAUACACAGAGACACCUGGAUCGGAGGACUCCAGUAGUCAUAAGAAGGCCAUCCGGACACCAACACUAAUUCCAGGACUCCCUAGGAUUCGCGCCAUUUCAGUUGGAGGGAACCACACUCUUGCCUUAUCGGAGGAUGGGGACGUCUACGCCUGGGGUUUCGGCGAAAUGUUGGCAUGUGGCAAUGGCGAGGAGGAGGACGUCCCGACUCCAUUGAAGUUGACUGGAAAGCAAAUCGAGGGUCACCGCGUCUUGAGGAUCGCUGCCGGUGGCCAGCACUCUGUGAUCUUGGCGGUGCCAAAGGUCUAAAUGGACAUUUAGCGGAGGCCGCAUGCUUAUACCAUCGCAGCAGCAUCAGCAUCAGCAUCAUCAACAGCAUCUCGGCAUUUUAUCAUCCAUAUCAUCCAUAUCAUCAAUCAAAUAAAAAAGGUUAUUUCUUGCCACAGCGGAAC